UGUGGAUGACGUCAUACGCCUUGCGACUCCUCCCCCCCACGCUCUAGGGACGCACCUAGCGACCGCCUGAGCCCACCUCAAAUGCUUGCUGAUGCUCUACUGCCCCCAUGUUCGCUUCUCUGCUGUCGUUACUGCAGGUGUUGUUCCUGAUGAUCCCUGAGGGGGUCCAGCCUCAGCCUUCUCCGUCCCCGUCUGGAGCAGUGCCUACCCAUUUGAACGUGGGGCCAAGGACGCAGGGCGGGACCCUUCAAUCCUCCUCAGAGGGGACUGAAACUCCCUGGGCCGUGCCUGGGACCUCUACAGUGGGCCCUAAUGUGGUGACCCCCUCGGCGCCUGGGAAUGGGACCGUGGACGUCUUCCCAGUCUUACCGAUCUGUGUCUGUGACUUGACUCCUGGUACCUGCGAUAUAAAUUGCUGCUGCGACAAGGACUGCUAUCUUCUCCAUCCGAGGACAGUUUUCUCCUUCUGCCUUCCAGGCAGCGUGAGGUCCUCGAGUUGGGUGUGUGUAGACAACUCUCUUAUCUUCAGGAGUAACUCCCCAUUUCCUUCAAGAGUUUUCAUGGAUUCAAAUGGAAUUAAGCAGUUUUGUGUCCAUGUGAACAACUCAAAAUUAAACUAUUUCCAGAAGCUCCAGAAGGUCAAUGCAACCAACUUCCAGGCCCUGGCUACAGAGUUUGGAGGUGAAUCAUUCACUUCAACAUUCCAAACCCCGUCACCACCACCAUUUUACAGGGCUGGGGACCCUAUUCUGACUUACUUCCCCAAGUGGUCUAUAAUAAGCCUGCUGAGACAGCCUGCAGGAGUUGGAGCUGGAGGACUCUGCGCUGAGAGCAAUCCUGCAGGUUUCCUGGAGAGUGAAAGUACAACCUGUGCUCGAUUCUUCGAGAAUCUGACAGAUAGCUGUACCUUGGAGCCCGCCCUCAAUGCUGCCUCUUAUUACAACUUCACAGUCUUGAAGGUUCCAAGAGGUGUGAGUGAUCUGCAGAAUACGAAGUUCCAGGUACCUGUAACACUGGUCUCACAAGCUGGCCCUCCUCUGUUGGCUGGAAACACUUGUCAGAAUGUUGUUUCCAAGGUCGUCUAUGAGAUAGAGACCAAUGGGACUUUUGGAAUCCAGAAAGUCUCUGUCAGUUUUGAACAAACCAACCUGACUGUCAAGCCAAGCACUUCCUUACAGCAACACUUCAUCAUUCGCUUCAGGGCUUUUCAACAGAACACAGCUGCUGCUCUUUCUGGUCCUCGAAGUGGGAAUCCUGGCUAUAUUGUUGGGAAGCCACUCUUGGCCCUAAGUGGUGGUAUAAAACACUCAAUGACCCUCUUACAGAGCCAGGGGGAUGGAACUUGCUCUGUUAAGAGACAUGAAGUACAAUUUGGAGUGAAUGCAAUAUCUGGCUGCAAACUCAGGCUGGAAAGGGUGGACUGCAGCCGCUUGCAGCAGAAGAUUUAUCAGACUCUUGACGGAGGGCCCAGACCAGAGCAUGUUGCCAUCUUUGGUAAUGCUGACCCAGCUCAGAAGGAAGAGUGGACCAGGAUACUCAGCAGGAACUGCAAUGUUUCAGCUAGGCAUUGUACUUCCUGCUGUGUCAUACCAGUUUCCCUGGAGAUCCAGAUAUUGUGGGCAUAUAUAGGCCUCCAGUCCAACCCACAAGCUCAUGUGUUAAGAACCCGAUUCCUAUACCAGUGCCAGUCCAUGCAGGAUUCCCAACAAGAAACAGAAGUAUCGUUAACAACUGUUGUGACCUUUGUGGACGUUACCCAGAAGCCAGAGCCUCCAAGAGGCCAACCCAGAGUGGACUGGAAAUUGCCAUUCGACUUCUUCUUUCCCUUCAAAGUGGCCUUCAGCAGAGUAGACUCUCAAAAAGGCUCAGUCUCUCCUAUUCUUACCCUGUGUCUCUUACUACUUGGAGUUCUCAAUCUAGAGACUAAGUGAAAAUAGGAGAAGAAACAGAUUUUCGUUUUCCCUAAGGGAAGUUCCGAGGCAGCCUGCUUAUCUUGGCUAAAUAGAUCCUCACCUGCUCAUGACCAGAGGAGGGCAUUUAGGAAAACAGAGACCUAACUGAAGGAAUCUUUGUCUAUGAAAAGAGGGAUACACGUUAGAUUCUCUACUUCUCAAGGAGGAAAGAAUGCCAAGAGCCCUUCCUCUGGCCCUACAGGUUGUGUUAUGCCUGCCUAAAGGUUUGCAGCAUCUUCAUCCAUCUGCUCACAGGCACACUUGGGACCCAGCAAAGGAGCAGGCUCCUGCUGUUCCCAGAUGAAUUCAGAAACAGCUGCCCUGUGGACUGGAGUGAGAACAGAAAACUGGUGGCUGUAUAUUUUGUCUGGUUCUUCCCCACUUCCCUUGGGCUAUAUUUUUUGCUCAGGCAUGUGUGGGAAAAGCAGUCCUUUCUCCUGAGUUUCCAUAAUAAAUGUGGAAUCAUGGCCCCCUUUGCUACUAGCAUGACCCCACUACUCAUUUCUGCUCUUUCCUUCCCUCCAUUGCGGUGAGGAGGAGGAAAGCUGAUCAAGAGCAUUGUUACACUAACUCCAGCAGCACACAAAGUUAACUGAUAGGUGAUCUGCCUCUUGAUUAUUUUCCUAUAUAUGAGACAUUAAAAAAAAAAAAAAAAAAAGGAAGAGUUCCCGUCAUGGCUCAGCAGAAACAAAUCCAACUAGGAACCAUAAGGUUGUGGGUUCAAUUCCUGGCCUUGCUCAGUGGUUACGGAUCUGGUGUUGCCGUGAGCUGUGGUGUAGGCCAGCAGCUGUAGCUCCGAUUAGACCCUUAGCCUGGGAACCUCCAUAUGCUGCGGGCGCGGCCCUAAAAAGAAAAAGAAAAAACGGAAAACUAUCAUACACAGCACAGUAGUAUUUAAAUCAAGGGGCUUGCAGAGUUCUUAUUGUGGCUCAGUGGUAACAAACCCAACUAGUAUCCGUGAGGACACUGGUUUGAUCCCUGGCUCUGCUCAGUGGGUUGAGGAUCCAGUGUUGCCAUGAGCUGCAGUGUAAAUCGCAAACGCUGCUCAGAUCUGGCAUUGCUGUGGCUGUGGUGUAGGCUGGCAGCUACAGAUCCAUUUUGACCCCUAGCCUGGGAACUUCCUUAUGCCACAGGUGUGGCCCUAAAAAGCAAUAAAUAAAUAAAUAAAGGGACUUGGGUUCUUUUCCUGGGAGAUACACUCUCUGAAGACCUGAAAUAUGUGGCACUGACAUAAAUUGUGAAUUCAGCAUGAAAUCUGUUUUUAGUGUAAGGCAGUGG